CCAUAUCGUGAAUUUUCAAUUUUAGCAUCUAUGAGUGAAGUUAUCCGUCGACGAGUCACUUCUGCCAAGGGACGUCUUGUGGAGAAGACCCGAGGCAAAUCAAAAUUAUCAGGAUGGGUCCUUCCUCGCCAGACAACCAGCUUUGCAGACGAAGGCUCUUGGACAAACAUUGAUGCCGACGUGACACCCGUUGAGCGAAGAACAUGGUCGAGCUUUACUGUAUUGGGCUUUUGGUUCAGUGACGCUCUGAAUGCCCAGGGCUGGGAAGGACCAAGUUCUAUUAUCCAGCUCGGGUUGACAUGGAAAGAAGCUUUUUAUUUGAGCGUCUUAGGAGGUGUUGUGGACACAAUUCCGCUAGUUCUUAACGGUGCAAUAGGUGCUCAUUAUCACAUACCCUUUCCAGUCGUUACUCGAUCGUCCUUCGGGUACUACUUUUCCAGGUUUGCCGUCAUUGUUCGACUCAUAACCGCACUCUUUUGGAACGCUAUUCAAACCUGGACCGGAAGCACGGCCAUGUUCCAGGUGAUACGCGCCAUUUGGCCAUCGUUCCUGAAUAUCCCCAAUCACUUCCCCGAAAACGCCGGUAUUACCACCCAAGAGAUGAUAGCACACCUGGUGUUCUGGAGCGUUCAAUUCCCAGUGAUGCUCACUCCACCUCACAAGCUCAAGUGGUUCUUUGUGUUCAAGGUAUUCGUCGUCUUGACUGCGAGCACAGCUACAGUCAUUGUGAUGACUUAUAAGGCUCAUGGUGUUGGCGACAUUUGGAAUCAAGAGUAUUCGGUUUCGGGAUCGCAAAAAAGCUGGUUGAUAAUGAGUCAAUUUUCCGCUCAGUGCGGUGGCUGGCAAGUGACCCUGGCCACGAUGGCGUCCAACAUUCCAGAUUUCACCAGAUACAUGAGAAGUCGCAGAGGCGUCUACUGGCAGGCCAUCAUGCUGCCGGCGAUAAAUCUUCUUAUGUCCGUAUUCGGUACCAUUAGUACCAGUUGCGCCAAGGUUGUCUAUGGAGCCUACAUCUGGAGUCCUCUUGAAUUGGCCUCCCACUGGGAUGGUCCGUCAGGAAGAUGUGGCGCGUUCUUCGUUGGAAUCUGCUGGGUAGUAGCCCAGAUUGGCACUAACCUCUCCGCAAGUGUCAUUUCCGCGUCUAACGAUCUAACAAACUUGUUCCCCAAAUACAUCAACAUUCGCCGGGGAGUCAUUCUGGUGUCUCUGAUCUCGGGCUGGGUUAUGGUCCCGUGGAAGAUCGUAUACUCGGCACAAUCUCUGAUCACGUUCAUAUCAGGGCUCGCAAUAUUCCUUGCACCAAUUGCUUCUAUCUUGGCGGCUGACUACUGGAUCGUUAAAGAUCGCAAUUUUGACGUACCGGCGCUCUACCGCCGCCAUGGUCGAUAUCGAUACCACUACGGAAUCAAUUGGCGGGCCGCGGUCGCCUUUCUCGUGGCUGUCGUCCCCAUGCUUCCGGGGCUUGCAAGUUCAGUGAGCACCCGUGUCGUGAUAGGCAGCGGGAUCCAGCAUCUGUAUGACUGCGGCUACCUUUAUAGUUUUGUGAGCGGUGCUGUCAUAUACGUCACCCUAAGCAAGGCAUUCCCUCCUACAGAAACGCUUCUUGCAGAGCCAAUAUACGAUGAUCCUGCGGUCUCGGACUCUAAGGAGCAUGUUGACGAUCCUCUGGAUGAAUCAGCUGCAGAAUUGUCUGAAAGGAGGGAGGAGAGGGAAUGCCCCCGGGUCUAA